ACUAGCCUCCAUGCUCUAUGAAUAUUCAGCUGCUGUCACUGUGUGGGUGGAGAGAAUGGGGCUAUAAAUGACCACAGUAUCUAGUAAAGGUGCGUUCUUGCCUUAAACUCAAACUCAAGCCGAGAGUGAACCUGUGACUAGAACAAACAAAUAUCACAAUCAAUCAAGGUCUGCAUAUGAUAUUCAGCAGAACCAGUGAAACUGGAAACAUGGAGGAGCUGAUCCCUUUCGCCAAAGAGAUGCUGAGUCAGAAACCCAGCUGUGGUUUGCUUAAGGUCUACCUGGUGGGUUCAGUGUUCGCAGUGCUGGGGACAGUCAUCGGUCUGGUGGAGACCGUGUGUCACCCUUUCACCUCUGGUGAGGAGAUGGAUACAGAGAUGAUCCUCAUGUUGGCACGGGAGCGGAGGACUGUUGAAGCUGAGCUCCAGCACAGUGUUAAGAGCCAGGAGGAAGAGGAGGAGGAGGAGGAGGAGGAGGAGGCUCGUGAAAAUGGGGCCACAACCCAGACAAUGACCCUCUCCAAGACUCAUAGACCCAGUCAACGGAGCAUGGCCAACCGUCUGCAUGCUUCCUAAAGGGGUGAAACCCAAGUGACUUGAGAUAUUCAUUGUUACACCACUGACUUGUGCAACACGUGCAUAGUCUGAAGCUUUACAGACAGCUAAAUUAGAAGUGGCUGAGCUGCCUGCUGUUUUGUGCUGCUUAUUAAAUACGCCUUCUGAUGCUGUCAGAAAUGUUUAUCUGUGUACCUAUACGCACUGGGCAUGAAAGAUCCCCAAAGGCCCCAGUGACAGCCUACAUGGAAGAGCUGACAUGUUUUGACAUAACUCAAAUGGAAAAAAAACAAAUCAUGGACAGAUAUGGACAAAACAUGAAGAACUGACAAAUGUGUCAUAAGUUCAUCCUCUUUAUCAAACAGUGAUCUACAGGUUAAUGUGAAUCUUGUCAGGAUACAAGACAUGAAAACCCUGAGAUAAAUAAAACAUCCAUUACGCAUGCCUGUCUUUCUCAGAGACAAAAGGAAAACAGCAGACAGACAAAACUAUGCUCUACAGGGUCCAUUUUGUCAAAGGUUAGGACUUCAGAACUUGAAGUUAGGAGUUAUGAGGAGUAUGUGAAGACAGCAUUGUGUUGAGAUACUGUCUGGCUGUGGUAAACUGUUGUGUAACGCCACCUGUUGUCUGGUGGGUGUAUAUGAUCUGCCACUCCACCUACAUCCUGUGUUCAAGGAGAGCAAUGUUUGCUGAAAACUUUAAUACUGUAUAUACAACACUUUUUUCAUAACAAUAAAGGUGAUAUUUUAUUUAUCAUAUUUUA